AUGGCGUCCUUGGCGUCAGCGAGGUGGCUGAGGGUCAGCUGUGGGCUUUGCGUACCGCUGACGGCUCGGUGGACAGGUCCCUGUGGACGGAGCCCUAGUAGCAGAUUUUAUUCUGGAAGUGCAGCUGUCCCAAAGGUUGAAGGAGCUGAUAUAGCAGGGACUGAAGAAGUAGUCAUUCCAAAAAAGAAAACUUGGGAUAAAGUGGCUGUUCUUCAAGUACUUGCAUCCACGGUGCACAGGGAUACCACAGCUGCACCUUAUGCAUUUCAGGAUGAUCCUUACCUCAUACCAACAUCCUCUGUGGAAUCUCAUUCAUUUUUGUUGGCAAAGAAGUCUGGAGAGAAUGCAGCAAAAUUUAUUAUUAAUUCAUAUCCCAAAUAUUUUCAGAAAGACAUAGCUGAGCCUCAUAUACCGUGUUUAAUGCCUGAGUACUUUGAACCUCAGAUUGAAGAAAUAAGUGAGGCUGCUCUGCAAGAACGAAUCAAGCUCAAAAAAGUCAAAGCUUCUGUGGACAUAUUUGAUCAGCUUUUGCAAGCAGGAACCACUGUAUCUCUGGAAACAACUAACAGUCUCUUGGAUUUGUUGUGUUACUAUGGUAACCAAGAACCCUCCACUAAUUAUAAUUUCCAGCAACAGGAACAGUCAGAAGAGUUGGAAGAGGCCGCCGAAGAGGGAGAUCACGUGAAGUCUAAGAAGGCAGCAGGCCAUCAGCUUAGAGUUACCUGGAGAGCCAAAAACCAUGCUGAGAGAAUCUUUGCUCUGAUGCCUGAGAAAAAUGCACAUUCUUACUGCACAAUGAUUCGAGGAAUGGUGAAGCACCGAGCUCAUACACAGGCAUUAAGCUUGUACACUGAACUAUUAAACAACAGACUCCGUGCUGAUGUGCACACUUUCAAUUCAUUGAUUGAAGCAACAGCAUUGGUGGUGAAUGAGAAAUUUGAAGAAAAGUGGAAUAAUAUAUUGGACCUACUGAAACAAAUGGUUGCACAGAACGUGAAGCCCAACCUACAGACUUUUAACACUAUUCUCAAAUGUCUCCGAAGAUUUUAUGCAUUUGGAAAAUUGCCAGCCUUACAGACCUUCCGGGAAAUGAAAGCCGUCGGGAUAGAACCCUCGCUUGCAACAUACCAUUAUAUUAUUCAGCUGUUUUAUCAACAUGAAAGCCCUUCAAAAGGAUCAUCCCUCAUCAUCUAUGAUAUCAUGGAUGAAAUAAUGGGAAAGAAGUUUUCUCCACAGGACCCCGAUGAUGAUAUGUUUUUUCAGUCAGCCAUGAGGGUUUGCUCUUCUCUCAGAGAUCUAGAGCUUGCUUACCAGGUCCAUGGCCUUUUAAACACUGGAGACAACCGGAAAUUCAUUGGUCCUGAUCCUCGGCGUAAUUUUUAUUAUUCCAAGUUCUUUAGUUUGCUUUGUCUAAUGGAACAAAUUGAUGUCACUUUGAAGUGGUAUAAGGACCUGAUACCUUCGGUCUUCUUUCCCCAUUCCCAAACGUUAAUAGAUCUUCUCCAAGCAUUAGACGUAGCCAAUCGGCUAGAGAUGAUUCCUCAGAUCUGGAAAGGUCAUAAAGAAUAUGGGCAUACUUAUCGCAGUGACCUAAAAGAAGAGAUUCUGAUGCUCAUGGCAAGGGAUCAGCACCCACCAGAGCUGCAGGCGGCAUUUGCUGACUGUGCUGCAGACAUCAAAUCGACUUACGAAAGCCAGGAUGCCAGACAGACUGCCCCAGAGUGGCCGGCCAGUUCUCUGAACUACAUAGCCAUCCUCUUCUUAAGGGCUGGGAGAACCCAAGAAGCCUGGAAAAUGCUGGGGCUUUUCAGGAAACAUAAUAAGAUCCCCAGGAAUGAGUUGCUGAAUGAGUUUAUGGAUAGUGCCAAAGCAUCCAGCAGCCCUGCCCAGGCCAUUGAGGUCGUUAACCUGGCAAAUUCCUUCAGCUUGCCUAUUUGUGAGGGUCUCACCCAGAGGUUAAUUGCUGACUUCAGCCUCAGCCAAGAACAGAAGGAAGCCCUGGGAGACCUAACCACAAUGACCAGUGACAGCGACAGUGACAGUGAUAGCAAUAUCAGCGAAGGCAAAUAA